AUGUCGAAUUUCGCCACAACUCAAUUUGUGAAUUCACAACGGAUCCACUCUAUCCCUGGAACGCCCUCCCGCCCACCCCACCAUGGCCCCGUCAUCACCGUCGAAGAUACCGGCUCCCAGCUCAAAAUCAACAGAGGCAAGACUUCCAUCACGUCGUCGAUUCUUGACUCGACCAAGUCCUCAUUUGAUAAAGGGAACAUCACCUUUGUCGAGACCGGCAACGGUUCGGCUCAGCAUAGCAGUAAUCACUCGAAUUUUAAUCUACGCGAAAUAACAGACUCCCUUCCUUCCCUGAUCUGUCGCGGCUUUGUUGUGAUGAGUACGAUCGCCUUGCUCUAUCAAAUUGUGUUAUAUCAUAUUAAUGAAAUUGUGUUGGAUCUGGUGGACUGUGGGGCUGAUGAUUGGCGGGUGGUGAUGACGACAUGGCGGAUUAUGCAAUUUAUUUUGGAAUUUACUGAACCGGUGAAAUGUCGUGGGCUUAUAUUGAGACGAGGACACCUGUGCUUUAUUCGAAUAAUAAUACUCAGCGAAAACAAGCGGGAUAGCUUUUCAAUGAGAGACGUACCAGUUGAUGUUCUACUUUCGUUACUGAUGCUUUUCCGUUUUUACCUGGUCGCCCGUUUUAUGGUGCUUCAUAGCAAGCAAUUCCAGGAUGCCUCCACUCGUACGCUGGCAGCCUUGAACCGGAUCCAAGUCAACUUUUCGUUCGUCAUGAAAACAUUACUCGACCAGCAGCCGAUAUAUUUCCCCACCGGCUUCACCCUGGUCUUUUGGAUUUUGACCUCUUGGACUUUUGUGCAAUGCGAGAGAUAUGGUGACCGCUCGGACAAAGAUGCUCCAUCGAUCAUGUACUCGAAUGCUCUUUGGUUCAUUGCGAUCACGUUCAUGCUCAAUGGGUAUGGAGAUAUUGCGCCGCAGACGCACGCUGGAAGGAUUAUUGCAAUAUUUGUUGGCGUUGUGGGAGCAAUCAUCUCAUCGAUCCUAAUCGCCGUCAUAUCCCGGAACAUCCUUCUCUCCCAGGGCCAACGCAACGUCAACAAUUUCAUGAACGACUCGAAAUUGACGCGUGAACACAAGAAUGCUGCAGCCAGGGUGCUCCAACACACUUGGCACAUCCAUAAAUGCCUUCAAUCGAGCGAACCAAGCGCUGAUCGGCAGUUGCGAUUUUAUCAACGGAGAUUUUUGCAUGCCAUUCACAGAUUCCGCUCCAUCAAAAAUGAGAUCCGCGUCUUCGGUGAGAAUAACUCGGCGAACACUCAGCAAGUGACAAGGCUGGUGGCGGAGAUGCACAGCUCGAUGCAGAAGCUGCUCUCAGCCCAUGAGGAGAUGCGGGCACAAAUCGAGGUCCUGCAACGCGCCGUCCGCAACCACUAUGCGCAUCAUGGAAUUGUUCAUCACGUGUCGUGUACUUCGAAGAAAACCCUGGGGAGUCUAUGGAGACCACCGAACAACAUUAUUCACAACACCCGGCCUCCAGUGGAGGGAAGCCCCGGCCGUUCGGAUAGUUAUUCUCGUCGCGCUCGCCGAGCAUUCACCAUUGACUCGCAU